UUCUGUGCCUGACCGCCGUUGCCGCUGGGUUCCGUUCUUGUUCUGGGCGCGGGGUUCCGUUAUAAGAGACGCGUGCCGCCCAAGCCCAUGGAGUUCGCUGCGAGACCGCAAAGGUUCCGUGUCCUGCCUGGCAGUCUCUUCUGAGUACUAUAAACCGGAAAAGUAAAAUAUUUUACAGUGCACCCCAAGUGAUAUAGCCGGAGACAAAGUGCUCGCUUUUAUAUAUUCCUGACGAAAGUAAACCGUAAAAAUGCAUUUCACCAGCCUCUCCUUCAUAGUACUCUGCUCUGCGGCCCUCGGCUGGGCCAACGAAUGGGGCUACCCGGACUUGGACAACAACCAGGAUGAGCCCUUUCCGAAAUGGGGCGGUCUUUGCGAUAGCGGAAAGAAGCAGAGCCCCAUAAACCUGCAUGUCAAGGGGGCCUUGAAGGGCGAGUUUGAUCCCCUGAAGUUCGAGAACUACGACGAGCACCAGAAAAAUCUGCAAAUGGUCAACAAUGGACAUUCAAUUCAGCUAUCUGGCUUCGAUCACGAACUGACCCUGAGUGGCGGCGCCCUGGUCAGCGAUUUCGUGGUGGAGCAGAUCCACAUGCACUGGUGGUCGGAGCACACCAUCAACGACAUCCGGUAUCCGCUGGAAGUGCACAUCGUGCACCGGAACACCAUCUACCCCAACAUGACGAUGGCGGCCAACUUCAAGGACGGCAUUGUGGUCAUCGGAGUGCUGUACCAUGUGUCCAACACGCCCAACGAGGCCAUCGGCAGCAUCAUCAAGAGUCUGGGGGCCGUGAAGAGCUACGAUAGCAUGAACAAGCCUGUCCUGGUGGCAGACUCCCUGGCCGUCGACGACCUGGUGCCCAGUGUGGAGAGCUACUUCACCUACGCCGGCUCCCUGACCACGCCCACCUGCGCCGAGGCCGUCACCUGGAUCGUGCUCACCGAGACCUUCCCCGUCACCCUGGACCAGGUCAACGAGUUCAAGGAGAUCGAGUACGAGGAGGGCAAGCAGCUGCACAACAACUACAGGGAGCUCCAGAGCGAGAACAACCGGGCUGUGGUGCUCGUGAAGCAGCCGGAGGACCGAUCGGGGGCCGCGGGACUCACGGCGUCCGUAUCCCUGACCCUCAUGCUCAUCCUGGCGGGCCAGAAGCUCCUGCUGUAGAUUUAAGUGGAUAUCUGUGCAUGUACCGCAGAGAAGGAGAGCAGCCAAUGACAUACUCGUACCAAAGAAUCGUUUGACACAACGAAUUUGUUUACCAACUAUAUAUCUUAACAACCCAACAACCGGCGACACAGGAGAGCUACGUCUCAGACCAGACAAUUUAUACUCAUUAAUUGUAAUGCAGAGCAGAAGAACAGAACAAUUCAGCUAGUCAGUUUGUGUGAAGUUCAUUAAGUGCAAAGAUCACAGAUAAUAAAUGAAACAUUUUACAAGCA